AUGAGUAAUAUAUCAACAAGUACAAUCGAUCCAAUUAUUAUAAGACUAAAUAUUGCUCGCGCAGGAAUACAACAAUAUGGACAACCGACUCUCUUUACUAUUGGAAUAAUUGGAUGUAUAUUAAAUAUUCUCAUAUUUCUUCGACCAUCCAUGCGAAAGAAUUCAUGUGCAAUUUAUUUUCAUGCAAGUUCAUGGGGGAAUUUCUUUUGUUUAACAUGGGGUGUAUUAGCUAGUAUGCUUGCCUUUUUCACCAAUAAUAAUCCAUCUAAUUAUAGUGAUGUUUAUUGUAAAAUUCGUAAUUAUAUGAUAAAUUUUUCACAAUUUUCAAGUCGAGCUUUUAUUAUCCUCGCAUGUUUGGAUCGUUUUCUUCUUUGUUCAACAUCAGUUCGUCAACGACAAUUUUGUCGCCCUAUUAUAGCAAUAAAAAUGGUCGUUUUUGCUAUAUUAAUCUGUGCAUGUCUACCAGUUUAUAUAUUAAUAUCAUAUAAAUCUCGUCAAAUAAUCAUGCCAUGUAUGGUGACAACACAAGCUGCAAAUAUAUAUGAAACUAUUAGUAUUUGGAUGCUUAAUGUUACAAUUCCGACAUUAUCAAUGAGUAUCUUGAGUUGGUUAACAAUCAAACGAUUAAAAGCGAAUGCGAAACGCGUUGGACGUGAAAAAAUUCGUGUGAAUGGUAAAGACAGUCAAUUAACAACAAUGCUUAUUGCACAAGUUCUUCUAUAUAUGGUGACAAAUGUACCAUAUUUUAUUUUCAUUUUUUAUGCAAAAAUCAACGAAAAUGUACCAACAUCAAUGACUAAAGAAGAUUUAUUAUCUAGUCUUGUUUAUCCACCAAUUGAAAAAAUUCAUACAGUAUCAAGAAAAAUUGCUGUAGCAUUAGCUGAAUAUUCUAAUACAUUACCACCACGAAGGGAUUGGUAA